GCCGUGAAGAAGCGGCCACUGCACGGCAGAUUUCUCCACAUCACUGACUUCCACCCGGAUCCCUUCUACAAGGUCUACACGUCUACAUCUGCAGAUGCAGCAUGUCAUCGAGGCCAGGGACCAGCGGGCAUCUACGGCGCCGAGUCGAGCGACUGCGACAGCCCGGUAGCCCUGAUCAACCACACCAUGAAAUGGGUCGGCAAGGAAUUUAAAGACCAAAUCGACUUUGUGGUAUGGACGGGGGACUCCGCUCGGCACGACAACGACGAGGACAUCCCUCGAAGCGAGAAGCAGGUCGUCGAACUCAACGAAUUCAUGGUGCAGAAAAUGUACGAGACGUUCGGCAAAGGCGACGGCGAUGAGGACAACGGGGAUCCCAACAGCGAUUAUGUCGUGCCCAUCAUCCCGACGCUCGGGAACAACGAUAUCCUCCCGCAUAACAUUUUCCGCCAGGGUCCGAAUAAAUGGACGAGGAAUUACGCUCGCAUCUGGAGAUCCUUCAUCCCCGAAGAGCAGCGGCAUCAGUUCGAACAGGGCGGCUGGUUCUACGUCGAAGUCAUCCGCAACCAGCUGGCGGUCUUCAGCCUGAACACGAUCUACUUCUUCAAGAGCAACGCGGCCGUCGAUGGCUGCGCUUUGCCCUCCGAACCCGGCUACCAGCAUUUCGAAUGGCUGCGCAUUCAACUGCAGUUCAUGCGCGACCGCGGGAUGAAGGCGAUCCUGAUCGGUCAUGUGCCGCCCGCCAGAGAGGAUUCAAAGUGGAGCUGGGACGAGACGUGCUGGCAGAAGUAUACACUCUGGCUGCAGCAAUACCGGGAUGUGGUCGUCGGCGGGCUGUACGGGCAUUUCAACUACGACCACUUCAUGUUGCAGGACUUUGAGGAUCUGAGGAAGGGCACGCGGAAGGGCAAGAUGCCGGACUACGACAAGCCGAAAAAGCUGGAAGCGGAUGACGUGGAGGCGGCGGUGUCCUCUGACUACUUCACGGAGCUUCGAGAUCGAUGGUCCAAGCUGCCAGAUCCGCCGAGCUCUCUCGACUGGCCCGUCGGAGCCAAGGCUGCUGACAGCGAGAGCAUCUGGACGAAAGCUUUAGAUCUCGUCUUAAACGUCUUCAAAGGCAAAAAGAAGAAGCGGGAGAGGAAGGAGUUUUUUGACGAGAUUGGCGGCGAGUUUGCAGAGCGUUUUGCGGCGGCGUUCGUCAGUGCCAGUGUGGUUCCGAACUUGUUCCCGAGCUUCCGAAUCUACGAAUACAACAUUACUGGGUUGGACGAGAAAGAAGGCAUUGCUGCUGUGCCAUCUCUAUGGGAGGAGCCUACCCUCGAAAGCAGCGAGGAUGACAUCGGCAUCGAUGACGAAGACGAAGACGAAGACGAAGACGAGACACACUUCAGCGACGAAGACGACGUCGACAUCGAGAAGAAGAAGAAAAAGAAGAAGAAGAAGAAGUCGAAAAAGCACAAAUUUGCAAUCCCAGACGCACCCUCUGAUACCUCCUCUCCCGGGCCGGCCUACUCGCCUCAACCCUUCUCCUGGACCCGCUACACCCAAUACCUCGCCAACCUAACGCACAUCAACAACGAUUUCGCCGGAAACUCCAUUCCCGAUUCCGACGAAAAAGAGGGAGCAGAGCUGAACACCACCAAGUGGAAUAAAGGCAAGCACUCGGGCAAAAAGCCGCCGAGCAAAGGCCACAAGCCGGAUCCAAAGACGUUCAAGUUCCAGGUGCACUACGACACGAAGGACGACGAGGUGUAUCACUUGCAGGACUUGACGAUGCCGCGGCUGGUGGAUCUCGCGACGCGGGUGGGCAAUUAUGUUCCCGAGGAUGAGAUCUUGGAUGACUUGAAGGGGGGCAAGAAGAAGAAAAAGAAGAAGGAGAGGAAGAAGAAGGAGGAGCAGCGGGAGAUCAAUGAGGCGUGGUGGACUUUUAUCCGGCGCGCGUUUGUUGAGACAAUGGGGCGUGAUGAGCUUAGGGAUGAAUUU